AUGUCGGAAUCAAAUAAGUCAGAAACGUCAUCCUUUAUAGGAUCAAACAAUUCUCACCAUCCUGUAGGAAAGGUUGAAAUUGCUGGUGAAGGUGGAGAAUUCGUUAUUAUCAACAAACAUAAGUAUUACAGACAUGACCUUAUGGCUGCUUUUGGUGGUAAUUUACAACCAGGUGCUGCUCCAUAUCCUACCGUAAACAUCAAUCCUGCCCCACUUGGAUUAUGUGGAUUCGCUUUAACUACAUUUGUAUUAUCCUUAUAUAAUGCCCAAGCAAUGAGUAUUAAAAUCCCUAAUGUGGUUGUAUCACUUGCUUGUUUUUAUGGAGGUGCUGCGCAAUUCCUUGCUGGUCUUAUGGAAUUCCUUAGUGGGAAUACAUUUGGUUUUACGGCGUUGACGUCGUAUGGAGCUUUUUGGUUAAGUUUUGCUGCUAUUUUUAUCGAAAGUUUCGGUAUUGGAGCUGCAUAUACAGGUUUUGAAGAACAACUCCCCAAUGCCCUUGGAUUCUAUUUAAUGGGCUGGGCAAUUUUUACCAUGCUUUUAUGGUUAAAUACAUUUAAAGCAACUGUUCCAUUUUCAGCAUUGUUUUUCUUUUUAUUUGUAACAUUUUUAUUAUUGGCUGGUGGUGAAUUCAGUGGGAAAACAGGUGUUAGUAGAGCUGGUGGUGUUUUUGGUGUUAUCACUGCAUUUAUUGCUUGGUGGAAUGCUUAUGCGGGUGUGGCCACUCCACAAAACUCAUACUUCCAAGUACUUUAUAUCCCAAUGCCAGGGAAUCAAAUGAAACCAUAA